GUCAGCAGAGCCAGCCUCAGAGCUUGAUGACAGACUACAGUAAGGCCUGGGAGGACUACUACAAGAAACAAAGUCAGUCGUCUCAGCAGAGUUCGGUGCCAGACUACACUGCAGCGCUAGCAGAAUACUACAGACAGCAGCCCUACAUGUGGAACCCCGCCCAGAUACAGGAUCACUAGAGGCUCCUCCCAUCACCCGGCGAAGGCCUCGGAUGGUCGUCGGCGGCCACCGGAUCGGGGUUUCUAGCAACGCUCUGCCGCUUCCUCCUUCCUUUUUUUUGUAGAGAAAAACUAAGGAUUAACUGAAAAUCACGAACUCUCUCUUCUUUCUGUUUUUUAACCUUACAAAGUUGAUAUUUUGUCGGGCAGAUUUUUUGGGACUAGCCUCUGGUCUCUCUCUCCACAGUGUAGACCUGAUUUUUUGUUUUUGUUUUUGUUUUUUAUCAAACUUGAACUUAAAGAUGUAUCAGUGUGGCUUUGAACAAAAACAAAAAAAUCCAGUAUAAUCUAUAUUUUGUCUAGUUUUAUUUUCCAAUAAGAAAACGGUAUGAGGCUUAGCAGUCUUGAGUAAGAAAAUCAGAUAUUAUUAUUAUUAUUAUUAUUAUUAUUUUGUUGAUAAUGUUUUAAAGCAUGCGACAGAUUGUGUGUUGACUCUCAGUUAUUACUUUUUUUUGGCAUAGAAAUAUUUUAAUAGCGUCAGAUGGAAAUUUAAUGUUUUACCGUCAGAGACAAAACUGUUUUUUUGUACUAAAUUUGUGCUCGCUGGGUCUUUGUUCUCGAUCUAAUUUUACCUGUUUAGUCGCCAUCUUGGAGGUGCAAUGACGCGUUUAUUGUUUUCUUUUGGUUUGAUGACAGUUCUUAUUCCUGUAUCUCUAUAGUGAUUCUUUAGUUUUUAUGAUGUAAUGAUGAAUAAAUGACGAUUUAUAUUGCGUUGUCUAAAGCCAGAUCUCUCUGUGGUCAAACACUUUGUGUCCUCCGCAGGAUUUAAACUCCACCCCCCGCCUCAACUUUCAUUACAAAGAAGGCGGAAAUGACUGUUUUCUUAUAGAGUGAAACUUUAUUAUUGUUGUUGUAACUUAGUUCUGCAUUUCUACUUUGCCGAUUUGUUUGUAAGAAUAAGUGUUAGGAGCUGAGCAAUGAAGUUAUCGAUCCUAUUAGCAAUUUGUUUGGGCAAACGAGCGCGUUAGCUGAAUGCACAAGUUAGCUGAACGAUGUUUGUUAGUGACAAAGAUGUGUGUUACCUCAACUGUGUGUUAGCUGUGUGAAUGUGGUGGUUCUGUAAGCUGUAGUGUGCGUGCGUGUUAACUAAAUGUUAGGAGAACAAACGAUCUGUUAAGCUAAAUGGUGCGUGUUAGCUGAAUGUAGACGUUAACUGUCUCUCGGUGAAAAGAUGUGGCGUCUGAACUGUGUGUGUCUUCUCGAUGAACAAGUUUUGUUAUUUGAAUGGAUGUUGUGGCUCAACCGUUAUGUGUGUGUGUUAGCUGGAUGCGAAGCUAUUUAGUUAAGCGUGCGCUAACUUAAUUGCGUAAUGCUGCACUCACGACAUAUCGACAGGUGAUAAGAAACAUCCACGUCCGCCUCCUGGUGGCAACAAAAGUCGGAGAUAAUUUGAAUUUUCUACAGCUAAAAUAUGAUGAACACAACUGUCAGCAAACUGACUCCAAAGAACCCCAGCCGAAACACUAAUAUUAUCCAUUUUGCUAAUUAGAAAGAAGCUGUUUGCAUCUAAUUUUACUUGCUAACGAACUGCCGUAACAAUGUGAAAUGAUUAAACAUAGUUAAUUUAGGUUUAAUAUCCAUUUCAGUGGCUAGCAAACGGGGUAACAUCUUUAAACAAUGUGUCAGUGUGCCUGAAUUAUCCCUGAUCCUCCUGACGUGGCGUGAAUGCAGCAUUAGCUGAAUGUCCGUUAGCUAAACAGUGUGUAUGUAGGCUGUACUAUGUGUGUUAAGGCUGGGUUAGGCUUCUCCAACAGUUUGGGUGGCUAUUUUAUAUAUUUACAAACGUGAAGAUAUUCUUUUGCUUUUCCUUUUUCGAGCCCGAGACGUUUGUGCACCUUCGCCGAGCGUGUAACUCCAGCCUUAGCCGUAUGUUUGUUAGUAUUGUGUGUUUUCUGAUGUGUAUUUCUGUGCGUUAGCUGAGCGUCGUGUGUGUGUGUGUGUGUGUGUGUGUGUCGGACCACAGAGAGGUUUGCCUUGUGUUGAGGGGAGAUCUGGCUGUUGUUGAGUUGAAUAUUGAAUCAGUGGUUAUGCUUCUUGUAUGUGUGACGAUGAUGAUGAUGAUGAUAAUAAUAAUAAUGACGACGAUAAUAAUGAGUUCUCCUGUACAGGGGGUCUAUUUAAAUCUGUUCAUCCAGUUAUGAAUAUUCAGUUUGUCUAUAAGAUAAUAUGGUUUGUGUAAAUUUCCACUCUCUGGCGGGUGCUCUCCAGUUUAAAAGUGUGCUUUGUUAUCCUGUUUAAAAAUGAGAUUGUUUAAUUCACAUGUUGUGUCUAACCGAUUUUUGCAAAGAGAAGCUAUGUUAUAUUCUCAAGACUGCUAGGCUAACUGUCUCUCUCUCUUCUCCUCGUCUUUCCGUCUGUCUGUCUGGACGCCGCCACGUUAAAAAAAAAAAAGAAAAUUUUUCGGGUCUCUUUUUUUUUUUUUUUUUCAACACGUCUGUAAUUGGACCAUGUGACUACACGGGCGUGUUGAACGGUCCCGUUUGUUAGCGUGGCGGCUCCGGGGCGAGGAGAGCUGUAGUGAGGGGGGUUUUUACUCCCUGUAAAAUUAUAUUAAAAAAACAAAAAACACCGGAGUGGGCGGUGAACUGGUGUCCAGGUCCAGGUGCAGGGUGGACUCUAAGGAGCUGGACUGGGUCCCGAACCAGCUGGGCAGCGAGGUCACACAUAGCCUCCCGGCGCCCCAGAACCAGGACUAGACACGACACCACCCAUCCCACUCCGGUUUAGAUCUUCCUAGUCCCGACCCCUGGUCCUGAAGGGGUGACGGGGAGCUUUUUGGUUUCAUGGUUUCUGUUGUUUUUCUAAUGGACAGACGUCCUAACUGUAACCUGCAGAUUUUUCUAUUAGAUUCUAUUGACAGAUAAAGUUGUGUAUGAACCCGAGCCACGAGACUGUCGGUGGCCGAGGAAGAGGAAGAUGGAUGAUGAUGAUGAUGAUUAACAUGAGGGCUAAUAAACAGGCUCAUUCUUUCUGA